GUAAGAUCCUACAUCGUUUACUGGUAUUUGAGGUGGACAGAAAAGUAGACAGAAAAUGAGGCUCACAGUGUUUAUCCUGUUGGUCAUGUUUUCAUGCUGCCUUGGUCACAGAGGAAGGAGUCAUGUCAGAAACCGGAAUAGCAGCAAGUACUACAAGCCUAUAAGACCGACGGUUUUUCCCUUUCCUUUUACAAGUACAAUGAAGCCGUCGACGACGACGACGAGGAGGCCGCGACCAAUCAGUCCGAUCAGUCCCCGAGAUGAUAUAUGGGCCGAAUUGAUUGGUGUUAGAAUACCACCAAAGGAGUGUGUCAUAUCCUUUGACGAGUUCGUAAUGCACGUUGUUGACAUGGACUAUGUGUCUCCCUACGCUAUUGACAACGACUAUCCUGUCAAUCCCGAGAUAUCGUUCAAGUGGUCUCCCCGAUGGACGCUUGAAAACAACAAUGGUGUCCGAAGACGCGGAAGUUAUUGGAAUGAUAUUACAGAAAAGUGUGCGUUCCUUGACUUUGUGUUUCAACGAGUUGAUGAAACAAAAGCAAUUUUUGGCUCAGAAGGCGCCACCGACGUGUUUGUUACAGCCGAAAGGAAAGACUAUAUGGUGAGUUUAGACCCGAAGAAGUACGUUAUCCAAUACAUUUGCUAUAGUCAAGUGGAGCGGAACAGGUGUAAGGACGCUGAGCUUUUGGUUGUAAUCAAGGAACAGAGACCAAACCCACCGGACAAUAAUGGUAAAGUGACUGGCGAAAUUUGUAUGGACGACAUAGACUGGCCCCUGAUUGAAUAUACCUUCAGAAACUGUUUGGGACAGCAGUUUGUAGACCAUACAGAACCACAAAUCAUGUGGCUUUGGGAGAAUGAUGGCAAACCAACUGAGGAUUGCGCAAAGCCAGGAACAGAUGCUUUUCGGAGGAAUUUUGAAAAUCAAAAGUAGAUUAUCACGGAAAAUUAGCUGACACAUCGGCUCUCGUUCCAGUAUUUGGCUACCCAUGCUAUUUUACAUGUUGAUUUCCUUGCGAUUCGCAUUAUUUACUUCAGAAUUAUUUCUGUGGAGAUCUCGGAAGAGAAUCUUUAUCUUUCCAACAAUCGAUUGUUGAUUAUUUCUGUUCUGUUUUAAGAUUUGAAUGUCGUUUCAGACAAUCGAUGUUUUUCAGUGUUUCAUGGUAUGACAUUAAAGGAAAUAAAUUAUAGUCGAUGUCUAUAAUUUUAGUUUU